UGAAAUUAUUAACUCUACGCGAUGUCUGAUCCGUCGCAAAAUAAAAGAUAAAUACUACAGAUUGAAUAUACAAAGUUAAACUACAAUAUUUAAUUCAAAACCCUUGCCUCUCGUAUUAUAUUAUAAGCUUCCAAGCGAUAGUUACACACAAAGCUUUCAAGGUCAGACGGCAUGGAGCGCCACCUAGGGUUGCAUUUUAUCAAUCAAGAAGGAAAUAUGGCGUCGGGCGGUUAUGAUGGGCACAUGUCUAAACGACAAAGAACUGAUGAUGGCGGCCAUGGUUAUGGACAGAGGGAUAAAUAUGAUGAUCCUCACAAGCCCCCACCAUCUCCAGUUGUUCAUGUUCGAGGUUUAUCAGAAGCAGCCAUUGAAGGAGAUUUAGUUGAGGCUGUACAACAUUUUGGUGGAGUGAGAGAUGUAAUUAUGAUGCCAAGAAAGAGACAAGCUCUUAUUGAGUUUGAGGAUGCUCUAGGAGCCAGAAAUUGUGUUGAUUAUGCUCAGUCAUCUGCUAUCUAUGUUGCUGGUCAACCUGCUUUUUUUAAUUAUUCUACUAGUCAGAAGAUUCAACGUCCUGGUGAUCCUGAAGACAGUCAACCAGCUAAUCACAUCCUUCUGUUUACAAUACUUAACCCUCAAUAUCCAAUAACAGUGGAUGUUAUGCAAACCAUCUGUAGUUCAUAUGGUCAAGUAUUGAGAAUUGUCAUCUUUAAGAAGAAUGGUGUUCAAACCAUGGUGGAAUUUGAUAGUAUUGAAGCUGCGAAGAGAGCCAAAUCAGCAUUGAAUGGAGCUGAUGUGUAUUCAGGAUGUUGUACACUGAAGAUUGAAUAUGCUAAGCCAACCCGGUUAAAUGUUGUGAGAAAUGAUAAUGAAAGUUGGGAUUAUACUAAUCCUAAUUUAGGUAAGUCUUAUGAAAAUAUUUUGAUUGUAUUUGUAGGUAAAGAACAUGGUGGUGGAGGUCAUUCACGGGGUCAACCAUUGUUACAAGAACCAAGAUAUGGAAGUCAGCCUGCUCCUUACAAUGGACCAGCUGAUGUAGGUGGUGGUGGUGCUGGUGCUGGUCCUGGACCCGGACCUGGACCGGUUAGAGGUGCUGGUAAUGGAGCAGGUUAUGAACAAGGUGGUUAUUAUGAUCAAGGACAAGGUGAUGGGGGUUAUGAUACCUAUAAUGGACCAGGACCUGGACCACGUGGUCCACCUCAAAGAUUUGGAGGACCACCAGAUAGAUUUCCUCCUCCUGCACCUAAACAUAGAGGUGGUGGUGGCGGCGGAGGAGGCGGUUAUGAUGACCGAGGUUAUGGCCCACCACAGCAAAGGAAUUUCCAUGCUCCUUAUGACCAAGGUAUGGGUGGAGGACCAGGAGGACCACCAAACUUUAACGGAGGAUCAGUUAUAAUGGUGUAUGGUCUAAGUUCUAAGAUGAAUUGUGAUGGAAUAUUCAAUAUUUUUUGUUUGUAUGGAAAUGUUAUUCGAGUAAAGUUUUUAAAGAGUAAAGAGGGAUCUGCUAUGGUACAGAUGGGUGAACCAAUAUCUGUUGAACGUAUUAUGGCUAAUCUUCAUGGAACGGUUUUCUUCGACAACAAACUACAGCUAACGCCCUCCAAACAAGCUUUUCUACAAGAUGUCCGAGCACCACAUGAAUUACCUGAUGGUACACCAUCUUUCAAAGAUUUCAUGGGAAGUCGGAACAACAGAUUCACCAACCCAGAAGCUGCCCAAAAGAAUAGAAUUCAUGGGCCAUCAAAAGUGCUACAUUAUUUUAAUGCUCCACCAGGAUUAGAGGAAGAACAGAUCUGUGAGAUUUUCACAAAGCAUGGAGUUAAGAAACCAACUAAAGUGAGGAUUUUCCCAUCGAAAUCUGAGAGAAGUUCUACUGGUUUAAUAGAGUUUGAUACUAAAGGUGAUGCUACAGAAGGAUUGGUUGUUGGUAAUCAUUCUACAUUACCGAAUCCUGUUGAAGGCAAAGGUCCAUACAUCUUUAAACUGUGCUUCUCCUCGACACCUAUUGCUGCUAAAGAGUAGUUCCACCAUUGUCCGCAUCACUGCAAUCAUCAUCAUUCAUUUAAACAGAUUUUAUCAUUGUAUCAUCGACAUAGUUUUAACAAAAUGAUUUUAAAAUCUUUUUUUAUGUUAGAAGUAUGAAUUCUGGUUGAAUCAGAAAUUGAAAAUAUUCAAUUCACAUAAGUAUAACCUACUGAAUAUUUGCCAAUGUCAUUGAACAAUAAACCAUACAAGUCUA